UUGCUUAGGUUACAAAAUAACUCAGCAAAAAUCAUAAAUAGUGCGCGCAUCAUGUGAAAAUUGUAGUUGAAGACGGAUACAUUACAAGAAACAUUUAAACGUGUGUCAAGUCUAGACUUGAGGAAGUUCAACAACAGCAAUAACAUAAUUUGGAAAUUCCAUCAAUGGCGAUCAGUCGAUCGUCACAAACACUCACAACCAAACGAAUGCUAUGAGCAUGUAUAAUUUAUCCAAAGUUUCUAAUAAAUUGAUAAAGAAGCUAUGGUGAAUUGAGGAUUAAAACACGACAUACAGAGAAACAAACAGACGUGAACACAAAUUAACUAAACCAUUUUGCAUUUAAAAUAGAAAAUAUAAUCUGAAGUUGUAACCUAGACCAAGGAGAGAACCUAACAAAAGAACGCUCUACACUUAAGGAUGGAUCCAAUAGGACAAGCAAAUGAUAUAUCCAUUCAAGAUAUUCAGCAUUACCUGGAAAUUUGUCACAAUGCAACACUGAAAAGUUAUUCAAAAGAUGGUUUCAUUGAUGGAAGAGAAAUACUCGAAAGAGAAGCAACACAUAUUGAAGACGUCCUUUCGACCUGUACCACUGGGAAUGAACAAGUUUCACAAAUAUUGAUGACAAGCGAUUUAUUUCAAUCGUCAUGCAGAUUCUUUUUCAAUACGGCCAUCAAUGGCAUCAUUUCUGAAGAGAUACUGAUCAACUUUGUACUAACUUGCUCCGAGUUAGCAAAAGAGCACGGGAAAAUAAGACAAAAGAUUGAUUUUGAUUGCAUUCUGGUUGAUCAUGAAGGUAGAAAAUCGUCAUGGCUGUCCGAUGGCUAUUUCGAAAAAAUGGAGAAAGUCAUCGAUGAUUACAAUAGAAGUGAAUUUCCAGAUGACGAACCAUUACUGAAAGCACAUUUCAAAUACCAGUUGGGUCGAUACUAUCUCAACAAAUCAAAACACGAAAAAGAGCAACCCAACAAACAGCGAGAAUAUUUUGAAAAAGCUGUUAAUAAUGUCGAAGAAUCUUGCAAAUUAAGGAAACAAAACAUGGAAAGAGAGAACUCGUCCCCUUUGACAAAAGUUGACGUAAUUUUGUCUCUUCUCAUGCUUGGUUGUUUAAGAAAAUAUCGGAGCAAACAACGUCACCAAGUAGAAAGUUUCAAUGAACUGAUUGCUAUGGCGAAAGAUUGCUAUGAAGAAGCUUUAGCUUUAGUGAAAGAGUUCCUUGGAAAACAUCCCCUUAAAGAAGAUUGUCAUAAAGUCUUGGGUGAUUUGCUGUUAAAAAUGAAAGAAAACAAGGCUGCAAGGAAAAAUUAUGAAAUUGCUUUGAAUGUUUUUGAAGAGUUAGGGCUAACUCCAAACAAAAGUAAGGUAUACUUGCUCAAAAACUAUGCCACAUCUUUGAUGAAGUUGCAGGAAUAUGAAAGAGGGGAAGAAAUGAUCCAGAAAGCGUCCGAAAUUAAUGCAGAAUAUGAAUUAGGUUUGGAAGACAUGAUCGAGACAACUCGACAACAAUAUAACUAGAAAAAGAACCAACGACAUUAAAUCUCAACAUACUUCAAUAAAUUAAAAUGAUUUCGUAUCAUUUUGUUCAUAAAAGAAAAACUACAAUCAUAAAUAUACCAAUAUAGUGGUCAUGAAGUGCACAAAUCUUAUCGUCUUAUGUUAAAAAGUAUAAAUAAUAGUUAAAAACUAUUCACAUAUACAUCACGUGAUUUUAAAAAUCAAUAAUAAUUCAAUAUUCGCGCAGUUGUGGAAAUAUCGUACCUCAAAAAAAAGUCAAAUACAUUUAUUACUCGUUAAGUCAAUAUACAAUUAAUAAAGAUAUUUUUUUGAA